AUGGCUCCGGAGGCUAAAGUUUCAGACACUGAAUUUAAUCUGAAAGAUGAACUGUAUCAUGGGAAAUGCAUGGUCCCCCCUCCCAGAAACCAACUUAAAGAAGGUACCUGCUUCAUCCAAACCUCGUGCACCUGCACCGAGUCUCAAAACAAACGUCAGGGCGCUCUUGCGAAUCCACAAGAAGACUUUGAAGUGACACUGUCAGACAAGCAUUUGUUUGAGCAGUACAAGAAGGAGCAUCAAGAUUCAAACCACACCGGGUUUACUAGGCUGCUAAAGACUUUAGAAAUAACUGAAAGAGAUGGCAUCAUUGGCACAAAAGGCGAGGGCCCUUUUAAGAUCAGCAGUUUUGAAGAAAAGGAGUAUAUUCACUAUGCCAAGCCCAGCAGGUGCCGGAAGGCCCCUGACCCUCCGCCGAAGAUUCCUCAAGGUGUUCAAAAACUUCUCCGUCUAGGACAUGUGAUGGCUGGAACGUUUAACAUAUCAAAAAACUACAAAAAACUGAAACCAGGCGACAUUUAUGUCUAUGACGACCUGAGACCUGAAAGAUCAAAGAACCUUCGUACCUGCUCCCAUGCAGUUUCCAUCGUCGGGUACGGCUGCAGAGGUGGAGUUUGGUAUUACGUCUUUCAGAACAGCUACGGAGAAGGAUGGGGUCAGAAGGGAAUUGGAAGAGUGGCCAUGAGCAGCGUGACACAUCUGGUGCAGGUCUAG